AUGGAUGAAAUAUACGAUAUUGAUGAUAGUUGUUUAUUCACCACUAUUACUACUACUUCACAUGAUCCCACUCAAUCACAAAAAAAUAAUGAUGACCUUAUCUUAUUCCCAAGUAUUAAAUGCGGAACCUCUUAUGAUAGAAAGAAAAAUGAUCUACUAUGGAAAUUAACAACGCCGUUAUCAUCUUCAUCUCCCUCAUCAUUAAUAACAACAACAUCUCAUUCAUUAACAUAUUUAAACCGUCAUCAUUUUUCAAAUGCCCAUUCAAGAAAUGUAACUAAACAUCACGUUCAGCAUCAUCAUCAACGAAAUGCUCGUUUAAGUAUAAAUGCUAGAGAAAGACGACGAAUGCAUGAUUUAAAUGAUGCAUUAGAUGAUUUACGCAGUGUUAUCCCGUAUGCACACAGUCCAUCUGUAAGAAAACUGUCAAAAAUUGCUACAUUGUUAUUAGCGAAAAAUUACAUUCUAAUGCAGGCAAAUGCAAUUGAUGAAUUAUACAAAUUAAUCAUACGUCUUAACUCACAAAUUCAACAGUCAGACUCUUUAUUAUUAAAUGAUGAUCAUAAAAGCAUCACAUUUGAACCUAUCAAAUCGAAAUUACUGGAUACUACUCACCUUGAUAGCAACUGUAAUAUUCCAAGUAAUGUUAUGUAUACAUCUCCUGUCCACCCGAUAUCUUUCCCAUCUCACCUACCUCCAUGUUCAAUGUCAAGUUCAUCAGAAAACAAUAAGUAA